AUGGCCGACGAGCAGCUCGAUGUGAUCGCGGGGCGCCGCUCGCAGUACAUUAAGUUGAAUGUCGGCGGUGCACUCUACCAGACAACUGUAUCCACACUCACCAAGCACGACUCCAUGCUGCGUGCCAUGUUUUCUGGCCGAAUGGAGGUACGUCUGUGUGUGUGUGUGUGUUUUUGCUCAUUUUUAUUUUAG